CGCAUCCUGUGUUUGGUUUUCUCCAACCUGAGGAACUGUCUAGUGUCGCUGCGCUAGCAAAUCCAUCGCAGCCUGUUCCUGUCAUGUUUUCAGAGCAACGGGUAGUAUUUUUAACCCCGCAACUGGAGUGUAAGGACACAACACCACACGUUACCGACAGCGAAACCUACGCCUGAGGAUGCUUACAUCGACGUGGAGGUAGACCAGCGGGACCAACAACAGUUCAAAGUGUUUGCUCAAUGCCCCCCUAGUCGGCAAGAAUAGCCCUCCAGUUCCCACAUCCCACCACAUCCAUGUUGACUGCGGCAGCCUUCUCUCGGAGUCCGCGGCUACAAACGCCACAACCCCUUUGUUCGUCCGUGGACAAGAUCCGGCUGAAGUGUAGCGGCUUGUGGAACGACCGUCGUACGUUCAAGUGCACAUCCCCGGUUCAGUUUGAAGGAUUGUUUACCCAUUAAAAUGGCUGCUAAAAUGGCAUUUGGGAGAGAAUGGUCUUGAAUCAAUGCAGGGACGGUACAUUACCAAGCAGAGGCCAAACUGCAAAUAAGCUAACAAAUAAGCUAACAAAUGAUGUAUUAGCUAAUGUUAAACGAGUUAGCUGCUUCAGUAGAUUUAGUCGAUGUUUUUAGGUAGGUUCUGCCAACAAGAAGUAGGGGUGAAGGGAAUUCCUCCCACUCCAAAUCUAUGCAUGCGGUUAACCGAGCAGCUUUUAUAAACACUUAGCUAACAUUGCAGUUUCUUAGCCAUUUCCCCCCUCUCCAAAGCUUUGUAAAGCAGGCUUAGCUGAACCUCAGUUUGAGUAUGCACAACCUUCAGCGAAUAUGCAGGACUUCUUUGUUAUAACGGAAACAUCCUGAGUAGCCCAGGCUUUCACCCAAAGUAGACCUCAAGGCCCCGGUGUUUUACUCGGAUUGGUCGACCUGGAGAGGAAGGAAAAAACAUGGAUCCUGGGGGGAAAUGUAGAGCCAAACUCUUUCUUUUUGGGCCCAAAUUCGCCACCCACAGCGACCUGCGGGGCAUCAACAGAUACUUGGUGGUGUAUGUUUUGUUUUACUUUGUGCUCCUCACUCACGCCUCUCCGGCCAAACCGUGUGACAAGAACUGCCUCUCUGGAAAAUGCAUCAAUGGAUCCUGCGUCUGCGAUCGAGGAUGGGUUGGAGAUCAGUGCCAACACUGCCAAGGGCGCUUCAAGUUGACAGAACCCUCAGGAUACCUCACCGAUGGUCCAAUCAACUACAAGUACAAAACAAAGUGCACCUGGCUCAUUGAGGGCUAUCCAAAUGCAGUUCUUCGGUUAAGAUUCAACCACUUUGCCACAGAGUGCAGUUGGGACCACAUGUACGUCUAUGAUGGAGACUCGAUAUAUGCUCCUCUGGUUGCUGUUUUCAGCGGUCUCAUUGUGCCAGAGAUACGAGGUAAUGAGACGGUUCCUGAGGUCGAGACAACUUCAGGCUACGCACUACUACAUUUUUUCAGCGAUGCUGCCUAUAACCUGACAGGAUUUGAAAUAUUUUACUCGAUCAACUCUUGUCCGAAUAACUGCUCCGGCCAUGGGAAGUGCACCCCUGGGAACUCGGCUGCCAGCAGAGUGUACUGUGAAUGUGACAAGUACUGGAAAGGCGAGGCCUGUGACAUCCCUUACUGCAGGAACAACUGCGGCAGCCCCGACCACGGCUACUGCGACCUCACCGGGGAGAAGCUGUGUGUCUGCAAUGACAGCUGGCAAGGCCCAGACUGCUCUUUAACUGUACCUUCCACUGAGUCCUUCUGGGUGCUGCCCAGUGUCAAGCCCUUUGGCACUUCACUCGCCAGAGCCUCCCACAAGGCCGUGGUGCAGGAAAAGGUCAUGUGGGUGGUGGGCGGAUACACCUUCAACUACAGCUCUUUCCAGAUGAUUCUCAACUACAACCUGGAGAGUGGCAUUUGGAACACAGUUCCCAUCAAUAGUGGCCCUGUGCCAAGAUACGGCCACUCCAUUGCUGCUUACCAGGAUGACAUCUAUAUGUUUGGUGGGAAACUGGAGGCCGGCUGGGGGAAUGUGACAGACGAGCUGUGGGUGUUCAAUGUGCCCAGUCGGACGUGGCAGCGGAGAAACCCUGUGGUUGGCCCACCGGCCCAAGCCCAAAUUUAUGCUGUGGAGGGACACUCGGCACACUGCGUCCAGCUGGACAGUGGCGAAACGAUCAUGCUGGUCAUCUUUGGCUACUCCCCCAUCUACAGCUACAUCAGCAACGUUCAGGAGUACAACCUGAGGUCCAACGCCUGGCUGGUGCCUGAAACUAAAGGUGCCAUUCCCCAAGGAGGUUACGGCCACACCAGCACGCAUGACGGCGCCAGCGGCAGCGUCUACGUUCACGGUGGCUAUAAAGCUCUGCCUGCCAACAAAUACGGCCUUGUUGAUGACCUCUACCGAUAUGACGUUAACACACGGACAUGGUUCAUUCUGAGAGAAAGCGGCUUUCCACGGUACCUGCAUUCAGCUGUGCUGCUCAGCGGCACUCUGCUCUUCUUUGGUGGCAACACGCAUAAUGACACAUCACUCAGCAACGGGGCCAAGUGUUUCUCUGCCGACUUCCUCGCCUACGACAUUGCCUGUGAUGAGUGGAAGCUCCUGCCAAAGCCCGACCUGCACCGCGAUGCCAACCGUUUCGGUCACUCUGCUGUGGUUAGCAAUGGGUCCAUGUAUGUGUUUGGGGGCUUCUCCAGUGUGCUGCUCAACGAUGUACUUGUUUACCGACCUCCCAGCUGCCAGGCCUUCUUGGCAGAGGAGGGCUGCGUAAAAGCUGGGCCAGGGGUCCGCUGCAUCUGGAGCAGAGGCCGAUGUCUCCCCUGGGAGCCCAGCAUGGCUCACGGCAGCCUGACUCCUGCCUCAUUUUGCCCCCCUAAAGCUGUCACAGUAGACGAGUGGUGCUACAGGUUCUCGGACUGUGCCAGCUGUACAGCAAACACCAAUGGAUGCCAGUGGUGUGAUGACAAGAAGUGCAUCGCCGCCUCCAGCAACUGCACCUCUAAUGUGAAGAACUUCACCGAGUGUCCGGUGCGGAAUGAGCAGGUGUGCAGCAAGCUUGCCAACUGCAAGAGCUGCUCGCUGAAUCUCAACUGUCAGUGGGACCAGAAUCACUCGCAGUGCCACGCUUUGCCCGCCCAGCAGUGCAAUGAGGGUUGGAGCCAGGUGGGCGAGGCCUGCCUGAGGAUCAACUCCAGCCGCGAGAGCUACGACAAUGCCCAACACUACUGCAAGAACCUUAAUGGCAACAUUGCAUCACUCACCACCUCCAAACAGGUGGACUUUGUGCUCGAGGAGCUCAAAAAACUCCAACAAGAAGACAAGGUAAAGCGGCUAUCUCCCUGGGUGGGCCUGAGGAAGAUCAAUGUGUCAUACUGGGGUUGGGAGGACAUGUCUCCGUUCACCAACAGCAGUCUGCGCUGGCUGCCCGGCGAACCCAGCGACUCUGGGUUCUGUGCGUACCUGGAGGAGCCUCAGGUGUCGGGCCUGAGAGCCAAUCCAUGCACUGCUACUGCCCACGGCCUCAUCUGUGAAAAAGCUACUGGAAACCCCAAUCAGAGUAACCGUCCAUCUUGUAAGAAGCCGUGCUCGCUGCACGCCAACUGUGCCAACUGUACCAGCCAGGCCAUGGAGUGUAUGUGGUGUGGCAGUGCGCAGCGCUGUGUCGACUCUACUGCCUAUGUCAUCUCUUUUCCCUACGGCCAGUGUCUGGAGUGGCAGACUGCAGAAUGCGUGGCCCAGAACUGUUCGGGCCUGCGGACAUGUUCCCAGUGCUUGGAGCAACCUGAGUGCGGCUGGUGUGGAGAUCCCAGCAGCACAGGGAAGGGCCUGUGCAUGGAGGGUUCAUAUCGGGGGCCGAUGAAGAGACUGGCGAAGCAGGGCCAGCAGGGCCAGUCCCACGAUAUGAGCUUGGAGCCCGGCAGCUGCCCCAAAGACAAAGGCUACGAGUGGGCAUUCAUUCACUGCCCUGCGUGCCAGUGCAACGGCCACAGCACGUGUGUGAACGGCAGUGUGUGCGAGCAGUGCCGUAACCUCACCACUGGUGCUCACUGUGAGACCUGCAUGCCCGGUUACCAUGGAGACCCGACCAACGGUGGCAAAUGCCAGGCCUGUAAGUGUAAUGGCCAUGCAAGUGUGUGCCAGGUGUUAACUGGCAAGUGCUUCUGCACCACCAAAGGGAUCAAAGGAGACCAGUGCCAGCUAUGUGACUCAGAAAACCGUUACCUUGGCAAUCCACUCAGAGGAACCUGUUACUAUAAUCUCCUGAUUGACUACCAGUUCACCUUCAGUCUCAUCCAAGAAGAUGAUAAUCACUACACUGCCAUAAACUUCAUGGCCUCUCCUGAGCAGGCAAACAAGAACUUGGACAUGUCCAUUAAUGCAUCCAAUAAUUUCAACCUCAACAUCACGUGGUCGGUGGGAUCGACAGCUGGAACCAUCUCUGGAGAGGAGGUGCCCAUUGUGUCCAAGACCAACAUCAAGGAAUACAGAGACAGCUUCUCCUGCGAGAAGUUCACCUUUAGGAGCAACCCCAACAUUACUUUUUACGUCUACGUCAGUAACUUCUCAUGGCCCAUCAAAAUCCAGAUUGCCUUCUCUCAGCACAACAGUAUCAUGGACCUUGUCCAGUUCUUUGUGACAUUUUUCAGUUGUUUUCUGUCACUACUCCUGGUGGCAGCAGUGGUGUGGAAGAUCAAACAGACCUGCUGGGCCUCACGGCGGAGAGAGCAACUGAUGAGAGAGCGUCAGCAGAUGGCCAGUCGUCCGUUUGCCUCGGUUGCUGUUUCACUGGAUGCCAGAGGAGAGCUAACGGAAGUUUUGCAGCCUGUGGUUGAUGGUGUCCCUAAACCUGUUGCAAUGGAGCCUUGUUCAGGAGGGAAAGCUGCGGUGUUGACUGUCCUCAUGCGUCUGCCCUCUGGGGCAUCAGGUUUACCUCCACCAGGACAGUCAGGACUCAUUGUUGCCAGUGCGCUGAUAGACAUUUCGCAGCAGAAACCAUCAGAUUUUAAGGACAAGUCCCAGGCUUUAAAGAACCGAAAAGCCCUCCCUCCAGCACACCAAGGGACCUGCGUCUGAAUCCCAACCACUCGAUCCUUCGGGUCCCUUUUUAACACCGUCUGAGGUCACAUCGCUCCAACACGUCGCCGUUGAAAGCCUUUUCAGAGACAUGGACAUGACUACACGUAGAAGAUUUCAUCCGGCUGCUACCACUCGAGUUUUCACGUUCCAAGAGCACAACCUGCGUUACCUUUCCUGCUCCCUUUUUGACUCUUCUCUGCAUACGUCAACCUCAGUCUCCAACUUGUGCAAAAACUUCCGCCUGCUGGGCUUCUUCCCUUCAGCUUGGACAGUCAUGGCUAAGCUACACGUCUGUAUUCAAUGGACACCUGCCAGAUCAGUGGCUGGAUGAGUGACAGAUUAUUAAGGAGGAUCUGAACUUAGUCGUGUGUACUUUGUGACACCAUCCAUUUGCACAGCAUGAGGGAAUAGCAAAGGUGUCUGUAUAUUAGGUCGUAUUAAAGUUUUCUCUCACAGGAAAUAGAAUCAACGAUUGAAAAUGGCUGGUAGAUAUCCAGUACGUGCUGCCUGUAUGGUUUUUGACCUUCUUUUUGCUUGCCAACAAGUGGUAUUCUAUGGUGCUAAAGCAUUUAGUUUUUACGACAAGCCUGACUCGGCCUUUGCUGUAUGGACAGAACUCAUUAUGCCUUUUUUUUGUGAAGAAGAAAGCUACGCUAAGCUAAGCUAAAACCCGGACUCUUCGUCAGCGACCCCCCCCCAAACGACAUGCAAGCGUUUUGACAACUAUAGAGUAUUUUGUCAAACCACUUUGUUAGUUCGGCAUCUCCUGUACAUAUGCAUCAUCCACCCCAGCUGAAGUCUGUAUUUUCUGUGGAAUACGUGUACAGAACGCCGCAGAGACAUGACUGCAAUCGCUACCAGCAGCAUGUGGGUGAGGAACCGGAGGAGGCACGAACACAUCAUCCAUCAUCAAACUGAAGCAUGGACAUCUCCAAAACCUUAAGAAAAGUUAGAUACGUUUUAUUAGCAAACUGGAAGUUUCCUUUGUGUCUUUUUUUUUUCCAAUAUGGUCACUGUUGAGGAAAGUAACAAAACGCAGAAAAACACUGAAGCUCUGGUUGACUCUUUGCUGUUAUUUCUAAGUGUAUGAUUUUGCCGUGCAGCUUGGACAUUAGGCUUUUGAACCGGCCCUUGGAUUGAUGCGGUGGGGUGGAUGACAUUUAGGAGAAAAGACGUCUGCUUCAUGAAAUUAGACCAGGGACAUCGAGCUCCUCUGGCUGUUUACUACAGUAGUUUGUUUUGUAAGAUUUUUUUUUUUUUUAAAAACUGUUCUCUGAAGCUACGACUUUAUUUCGAUCUCUGAGUACAAGAGGUCUUGUUACCUUUUUUAUGAUGCCUUGGCUUUCCAUGAGCUCCAUGAAGGGGACAUGUCGAUCUGCAGAAUUUUCAAAGCUGUACAGUGUCUUGUUGGAACAAAUGUGAGUCUUUGUCACUCUUAUCUCUUGAGAUUUCAUGUGUUUUGUCAGGUUUUUAUGACAGAAUGGCGAAAGAUUAUCGUUUAUUUUCGGCCUUGUCACCUGAUACUAUUAUAUCUAUGAUGAAUUGUCUUUUGCUACACUCGUGAAAAGAGCAUUUCUGUUUAUAAUUUGUUUUGAUAUUUAACAGAUUCCUGUGUAAUAGCACAUCUAACUUGAUUUUUAUCGUUCACUUCAAUCGGUUGUUUUGAUGUCAAUUCUUUUUGAAUUCUGCAUCUUUAUGGGACUGUUUGGGCAUUGUCUUGCUUUUCAUUGCAAAGUGGUCAUUCUGAUGCAUUUCAUGAGGAUGGUAUGCCAGCUGAUGUGUUUUCACUUUGUGUCGAUAGAGGAAUCCUAUAACGGUGUCAUUACACAGGAAUCAGGGUCUCACUGUACCGUGAAAAAAAAGAUGAGAAACUGCAUAUCAGUAAUCUUCAGUGUAUUUUAAAGAUGGACAACAUGCCAGAAAAUAAAAAAAAAAAAACAGACCUGGAAAGCUUUUGUGCCAUUAAGUCUUUUCACACACACUGUAAAUAAAUAAUAAAUAAGCAUUUUGUUAAAAUCAA